CUGACUCCGGUCCUCGCGGCUGGAGGAGGGGGGCCUCCUUCAAUCCAGCCGAAGGGGUGCAGGCGUCCCUGGCUGCCCUUGACCGGCGAGGACUAUGCGGGGUUCCGGCUCCUAGCGGCGAGGGGGCGGCCUGGGUGCAGGAGGGUGGGGGUUGGGCGAUGCUGUUGCUGCAUGCUGCCCCCGGGACCUGGCGUUUCUGCGUUUUUCUGCAUUCCCGUCGCGUGGGCCGCGUCACCUUCCCAAGGGCGGCUACUAGGUGAGAAAAUGACUGCUGGUUCAGUGUGUGUCCCUCAGAUCAUACCACUUCGAGUGCCUCAGCCUGGAAAAGCUAACCAUGAAAUUGAUAACAACACACUAUUGGAAAUGAAAUCAGACACCCCAGAUGUCAACAUAUAUUAUACCUUGGAUGGCAGCAAACCUGAAUUUCUAAAGAAAAUUGGUUAUGGUGAAAAUAAUACAUUCAAGUAUAUAAAACCUAUUACUCUACCUGAUGGAAAAAUACAAGUUAAAGCUAUUGCGGUCUCUAAAGACUGCAGACAAAGUGGUGUUGUAACAAAGGUGUUCCAGGUAGACUAUGAACCACCAAAUACAGUCUCUUCUGAAGACAAUGCUGACGAUGUUCUCAAAGAUUCUUCAAAGCCAGAUUCAUCAAAGCAGGUGUUAAAAAAUGGAUUUGUUGGAUCAAAACAAAGGAAGAAAUAUAAGAAUGCUGAAAAUAAACCUAGUUGGAAUGUUAAUCUUAGAAAGUUUCCAGACCUGGAGGUAGGUGAAAGAACCGACUCCAAAACUUUGAAAGAUCUUCGCUUCUCAGAAAGCCCACUGGAAGUCCCAGCUUACCAUGAAGGAUCGGGUUCUAGACCAGCCACACGCAUGUCCCAGUCUCCUGGUUUUGCACAUAUAAGGAGCCAAAAGAGUUUGACAAGCACGGAGAUCAUGAGAAUUCAAAGGGCGACAGACUUUCUCAAGUGUGCCCACUGCCUUUCUCCUCGCCCAUCAGAUCCCUUUGCUUUCUUCUGUCAAGAAUGCGGCUCUCCUGUCCCCACCAUAUUUGGCUGUCGUCUCCCACCCCCAGAAGGAGCUCAGAUGGGCUUAUGUGCAGAGUGUGGAAACAUGGUUCCCAUGAAUACCCCCAUCUGUGUGGUGUGCGAGGCCCCCCUCGCUCUGCAGCUGCAGCCUCAGGCCAGCCUCCGCCUGAAGGAGAAGGUGAUCUGCAGGGUUUGUGGGACGGGAAAUCCUGCUCACCUGAGAUGCUGUGUAACCUGCGAAGGGACUCUGCCUUUACCACCAGAGCUCGGCAUUCCUUCUGGCUACUCUGUUUGCCCUAAAUGUGGGGCCAGCAACCACCUGUCUGCCCGAUUCUGUGGCUCCUGUGGUAUUUAUGUGAAGUCUUCGGGGAGACUUAGCGUGGGCAGCAGCCUGGCUCUGCGUGCUGGGGAGCCACGCCCUUUUUCUGAGCCCCGAUCUGCCUGGCAUUCCCUGAAUGUUCUUCUGCCCAAAUCUGAUGCUGAGACUAAGAAGAACACAGGCACACAGACUGUGGGCCUGUUCUACCCAUCUGGCAAGCUGCUGGCAAAGAAGGAACUGGAGCUGGCUUCUCAAAGGCAGAGGCAGGAGAAAAUGAGUGAUCACAAACCUCUCCUCACAGCUGUCAGCCCGGGAAGAGGAUACUGGAGAAAACAGUUGGAGCACAUCUCUGCUCACCUCCGGUCUUAUGCUCAGAAUAACCCUGAAUUCCGGGCCUUGAUUGCAGAACCCAGGAUGGGAAAGCUUCUCUCUGCUACUGUGCAUGAAGAUGGUUAUGAAGUUAGCAUCAGGCUGAAUUAUAAUCAAGUCUCAAACAAGAACCUUUACCUGAAUAAGAUGAAUUUCGCCGACCACCUCCUGGGCAGCGCCACGGAGCGUGGUGAUGGGCUGUACAGCAGCAGGUCCAGCUGGGUGAGUGACUACAGCCAGAAUGCCUCAGGAGCCACUGAGAAGGUCAUGAGGACAAAGAAUUUCAAGACCAAAAACUUACCAGAAAAGGAGCAGCUCAUACCUGAGAACAAACUCCUGCUGAAAGAAGUCGGACCUGCCGGGGAAGGAAGAGUCUCUAUGAUUGAACAGCUGCUGGAUGAAGGAGCAGACCCUAACUGCUGCGAUGAAGAAGACCGGCCCGUGCUGACCGUGGCUGUUGUGAACAAUCACCCUGAAGCGAUCCCGGUUCUCGUGCAGAGAGGAGCAGACAUCGACCAGCAGUGGGGACCGCUCAAAAAUACAGCACUUCAUGAAGCAACUCUCCUUGGCCUGGCAGGAAGGGAGAGCAUCGCCACUUUACUGGGAUGCAAUGCAAGCAUCCAGAAGAAGAAUGCCGGAGGCCAGACAGCAUACGACCUGGCUCUGAGCACUGGCAGUGACCUCAUCACCUCGCUUUUUGCAGCUAAGUUUGGCCAAGGGCUCGAGGACCAGCUCACCCAACCCGGGAGCCUCAGCCUGGACGACCAUUAUGCCUGAGGCCUCCACAGCGCUUCAUGUAAAGAAGCCUGCAGCCCUGGCUAUGCUUUGUUUGUUUCUUUCUGAAAUGUGUAUUUCAGGUUAGAAAUUGAGGUUGAGAGGAACUUACAAGAUUAUUUUUGUUGUUUAAAAAAAAAUUGCCAUUCGUCUGUCUUCUUCAGAGAAAGUUCUGUUCAGGUCUCUUGCCCACUUAUACAUGGGAUUGCUUAUUCUUGUUGACUAAUUUGAGUCCUGUGUAGAUUCUAGUUAUCAGUCUUGUGUCAGAUUUAUAGCAUGCAAGUAUCUUCUCCCAUUGUGAAGGCUUCCAAGUCAUGGAGUCAACCCAAGAGCCCAUCAAUCCAUGAAUGGAUUAAUAAGUUGUGGCAUAUGUAUACCAUGAAAUACUAUUUAACCAUAAAAAGAUGAAAACUUUACAUGUCUUGUAUUAAACUGGAUGGAGUCAAAGAACAUUCUUCUUAGUAAAGUAUCACAAGCAUGGAAAAGCAAGUAUCUGAUGUACUCAAUACUAAUAUGAAACCAUAGAUAAACAACCACAUACCCACAUGAAAGAAACACAAUUAAAUUCAAGUGGGGGGAGGGGGAGGAGGG